AUGGAUCUGGAUCAAUACACUACGUGCUUCCCGUCCUCGGGGCCUACAAGGACGACAUGCCGGCAAUGCCGUUUGCGCAAGGUCCGCUGCGACGGCCGCCAGGACGGCUGCGGCAACUGCCUGCGCCUGAACUUCACCUGCUCCCUCGCGGCGACGACAGUCGCCGACCUGGACCUGCAGGAGGACUCGACCGAGGAGCUUGUUGUCCAGCUCCGCCCCAAGCGCCGGCGAGGGAGCAGGGCUUGCACCGCCUGCAGGAAGAUGAAAGUCCGCUGCUCCGGAACACUGCCGCACUGCAACACCUGUGAACGUCGCGGUAUAGCCUGCCAGUAUCCUACCCUCAAGAGACAGGCUGCCCCGGGGUCUGCACAGACCAUCGGUAUUGUGUCUGCCAGGAGGCCAAGCGUUCAUGUUUCGACGCCUGCCUCGACUUCGUCCCAUGAAGGGGCUGACAGCCCAGCACCGGACUCCCUUAUCGAGAAUGACUCUCCUCUCCUGAACCAGCAUAUCCCCCAUCUGGUUGACCGCUUUUUCGCCCGCAGCUACCCUGUCCCUUGCUUUUCAUUCUUGCACCCGGCCUCGACAAAGGAACAAGCCAGACAGGGGCGGUUGGAAAAAGCUCUCGCCUUUGCCAUCUGCGGCAUAGCUGCGCUCCACUCGAAUCAUGGGCUGCGGAGCCGGCGCGAGGACAGCGGCGUCUGGGUACGCAUGGCAGAGCAGCUCACCUGGCAACACUUCGAGGCACCCUCCCUGCCGCGCCUCCAGGCCCUGCUGCUGGUCAUCAACUACCUCAUGGAGACCGGGAGCUUCCACAAGGCCUUCAUGUUCUCGUCCCUGGCGUCGCGGGCAGCCACCACCAUCGGCUUGAGCCACGAGAGACCCGAACUGGGCUUUGUCUCGCAGGAGACACGCAGGCGGACCAUGUGGUCGCUGAGACUGAUAGAUCGAUACUUCUCUCUCGGUCUGACAGAGUUCGAGCUCUUUCCUCUGGACAACAUCAACAUACAGCCUCCCAGCUACGAGAAGACAUUUAACAGUGAUUCCCAGCCGGCCUCUCCGGGUGCCCGGACCGCGCCAGAAACGGACGAUCUAGGCACAUACAGUCUUUUCGUGAGGCUGGAGACUGUCCGAAAGGAAAUCAUGAGGUUGACCAGGAGGAUAUCUGGCCUCGCCGGCGAGCCCCAAAAGCUGGCUAGUCGCACAAAAGAGCUCAGCGACCAGCUAGCCGAAAUUGCAUCACAGAUGCCGAUGCCGCCAGCUCUGACUUCCUCUAGGAUAUCCGCACUACUAGAGGACCCAUGGCUUUCUCGUCAUAUUGCAUUCAGCCUCUCAUGGCACCAAUGCCAUUGCGACCUCCACAGGCUCGUCUUGGCCGGCUACUCGCAAGCCGUACCCGUUCCGGCUCUGGCUCGGCUCGAUCAGCACCACAAGUCCAGUGCCGCGCGUCUCUGCCUCGAACAUGCCCUAGCAAUCACUGGGAUUCUAUCGACUCUGUAUCAGCUCAGCACAUCACCACCCCUUCUCGAAUACGACACGGCGCUUUGCGCGUACGAAGCCAUCCGUCUCACGCUAGAUAUUUGCGGACCGAACCAGCACAGUCCCGCCAACUACGCAAAUGCGGAUCCCGACGCUGCGCUCAAGCAGGCGGAGCUCACCUUGGCUGCCCUCAGGAGGCUGUUUCCCUCGUCUCCCCUGGUCAAGCCCAUAAUUGACGACAUUGCAAGGAUGGUGUCUGAUCGGGCAUCAUCUCUUCUUACCCCAUCUCCCACGCUUCCCCAUAACGACGAGAACUUCCAGAGCGCCCUGCGGAACUGUGCGAGGUUACCGGAAAAAGAAGACAGCCAGAUACCUGACACCAAAGCCGGGACCAAGCACCCCGAGCAGCACAUGUCAUGGGCCGAGCGCACCCGGCAAAAGCUGGCCAUCCACAGCCUCCUGCGGCAGAACGAUAUCUCCAAGGGCGAGGAGAGCGGCGACGACGAUUUCGAGACCGACGUGGGCGAUCACUCUCCCCCGGCUGGCAGGAACGAGUUGUUUUCGGUCACUUGCUCGCCCAUCGCGUCUCGAGUAAGCACUAUCGAGAUGAACGGAACCCCGGAGCGGUAUCCAAAACUAGUCGAUGUCUCCAGCCCGGGCGACGAGGCUCGAGCCGAACAGGAUACCGGUUACGAACUCGAGAAGGAUGGCAGUGCACACAAUCAUCUCGAUGGGCGCAAGAGGCUUCGGUUCCCCCUUUUCCCAUGGUUUGGAGUCGCUGAGUUGGACAGGCCGGUAGUUCUCUGA